UGAGCCCCAGCUCAUAGAUAACAAUGUAAAUCUUAAAGAGAUGGUAACUGACUCGGACCUCAUAAAGCAAGAGGCGUUCACCUUAGACCAAAUCAAAGAGAGCCAGGCUGUUCCUGCUGACUACAAAGAUCUGAACGGUUUGAACCAUGGCCAUUUGUGCCCCAGUGGCCAUCAGGAUGGUAUAGACAGCAAGACAGCUACCUUCACCCUCACCAACAUAGUGCCCCAGGGCAGCAGUCUCAAUGGUGGCCAGUGGAAUGUGUACGAGUCUACAACAAUGCCCAAAAUGAGCAAGAGCUGUACAAACACCUACGUGAUCACGGGUGCUGUGCCUGGGAACACGGACAUCAGCAAUGGGACUGUUAAUGUACCCAGCUACAUUUGGUCAGCUGCCUGCUGUGAGGUGAGCAAAAAGAAAAAGAAGGCUUGGGGAGCCAUCGCAGAGAAUCACGAGAACAAGGUGGAGGUCCUCAGCCUGGGGAAGCUGGAGAAGAGGUUGACUGAGCUCUACAGGGGAACGGUUACUCUCUUCAACAAUGCCUGUCCCCGGAAAUAAGCCUCACACCCUUAAUGGAAUUCGCUUGGUGGCUUUCCCACAUGUCAUAGAACCAUAGAAUCACAGAAAGGGUUAGUUUUGAUGGGACACUAAAGCCUUAAAAGUCAUCUCAUUCUGUCCUGCUUGCCAUGGGCAGGGAAACCUUCCACUACACCAGGUUGUUCCAGGUCCUCCCCAGCCUGGCCUGGAAUGCUUCCAGGGAUGGGGCAGUCAAAACAGCUCUGGGUAACUUUUACUCAUACCACAGCUGGCUCACAGUAAUUUACUUCUUUAUAUUAUCGCAUCUAUCCCUGCCCUCCAUCAGGGUGAAACCAUUCCCUCUUGUCCUGUCAUUCCAAACCCUUGUCCAAAGACCCUCUCCAAGCCUCUUAUAGAUCCAAACCAGAACAAUUCAAUGAUUCUGUGAUCCUGGGCCAGGCUUUGCUUUGCUUGCUUUUGAAACUGCACCUUGAGAGCAGCAGCUGUUGUAUCAGACAGGCAGGCUUUGGCAUCAGAUACACAGAAAGCUUUGAGCAGCCAGAGCUGAAUUCCUGUGAUGCACUCCUUGGACACCUUCCCUCUCUGCCCUGCUUCUGAAGCUUUUCUGCAGAUUGAUGGGAAACUGAUAUGGGCAAAUGUAUUCAAUGAUUGUCAAAGAUCAAUGUGUGCCACACCAUGGAGUUUG